AAAAAAAAUAGAGAAAGAAAAGUCUCUUCUCUCUCUCUCUCUCUCUCUUUUCUCUUUCUCUCUCAUUGUAUUUUCAAUUCCUUUUAGCAAGCUGAUAUAUGAAACCGCCAAACACAACACAACAUCUCAAAGUGGCUUUCUCUCUUUCUUUCUUGCUUUAGGACCAUCAGUUGUUGGAAGACUCUUUGCUUUCUGGUAGCUUUUUUUUUUUCCUCUCCACUUUUCUCUUUGCUCAAAUGGAUUCUUCUCAGUGGCCACAGGGAAUAGGGGUAGUGAAGGGUGGUGUUGUGGAGGCUCCAAAGAAGCCAAGGCCGGAAAAGGAAAAAGCUUUGAAUUGUCCGAGGUGCAGUUCCACCAACACAAAGUUCUGUUACUACAACAAUUAUAGUCUGUCGCAGCCGAGGUACUUUUGUAAGACAUGUCGAAGGUACUGGACAGAAGGGGGCUCUUUGAGGAAUGUUCCAGUGGGGGGAGGCUCAAGAAAGAACAGAAGAUCAUCAUCAUCCAUUUCUUCUUCUUCAUCUCUAGCUUCUUCUUCAUCUUCUUCCAAGAAACUUCCAGAUCUUGCUGUGACUCCCCCGAGUUUUCCGUGUCAUCAGCAAAACCCUAAAGGGCAUGAUCUCAACCUGGCUUACCCGCCGCCGCAAAUUAACAAUUUCGGCGGUGCCGGUGGGAUUUCGGAGAUUCUUAAUCUGAACCCUAAUUCCACCGCCGCCAUGGAGAUUCUCAAGAAUGGGUUUUCUUCGUUCAUGGGCAUGCCGCCUCCGGUGCAUCCAGAUCAUCAUCAUCAUCAUUCCAACGCCGCCAUGUUCUUGUCUCCCGGAGUUCCCUUGUCAUUGGAUGGGUUUUGUAAUGGGUAUGGGAAUCUCCCGCCGCAACCACAACCUUCGGGGACAGCUAGGAUGUUUUUCCCUAAUCUUGAGGACUUGAAACCUGUCUCAACCAUGGCCACUGAUAAUCAUCAGUUUGAGGAGCAGAAUAGAGUGGAAGGGGAGAAUGAUGGGAGUGGGUAUUGGAAUGGAAUGCUUGGGGGAGGAGGAGGAGGAGGAGGAGGAACAUCAUGGUAAAUAAUAAUACUAGUACAAGGAAAAUGUCAUGGUCUUACGUUGGUGUGAUGCUUUAUUGUUAAAUUUUCUUGUUUUUAUUUUUUUUUGUUACUAAUUUUACCUGGAUCAAAAGUUGGUUUUCAAGUGUGAUCGGAUUGGGAAGAAGUAAUUAACAGAUUUAGGAUUGUAUGUGUUUUCUCUCCAUCAUAUAUUUUACCCUAUCCAUUAUUUGUUAUUAAUAAUUAUUACAACAUAUAUGAUCUUA